CGAUAAAAUCAAUAAAUUCUCGCAACGAAAUUUCCCCCCAACAUUAUAUCGUAGUAUGCAUGUACACACAUAAUUAUUUGCUUAUUGGAAGCGAUUAGCACGAGCGAGCGAGAACAACAUUCUCACUAAGAACCAAGAGCAAUUUAAUCGUAAUAAUCUUAUAUAUGAGGAUCGAGCAAACGCAAAAAAGUCCUACUCGCGACAUUCGCCAGGUUAAAUUGUGAUUUCAGAUUGCAACGUCAGCAAAUAUACUCGUUGCAAGAACGGUUAUACGUAGGAAGAGAGAGGGAGAGAAACAGUAUAACAUUCUCCGUAAAACUGGCAGAUCGCGAUUCUAAAAGGACUGAGCAAAGAUACAUAUUCUUAGGUCUGUCGUGUCAUUGUCGCGCCACGAAUUUCUCUUCCCCUUUCACCCGCGCAUACUCACAAAUACAAGUGCAUAUGCGUGCGCUAGACGAGCAUUGCGUCGCGCGAUCGCGGUUGGCCAGUCAGACAGCCAGGCGGUAGUCCACCUGGGUCCAUUAUCGGCAGUCCAUGCGCGAACCUUGUCACUCCGUCCGCUACGUUCAGAGUGUGUACUUGUUGCUCGCGCGUGCUGCUGCGAUUCACAGGCGUGCUACCGAGCGCUAGUUAGCUAGCUGAGACCAGCCAGUUCGCCGGACAGUUAGACAGACUGACGGACGACGGAAGGAGCCAAGGUGGGAAGAGAGAAGAGCUGCCGCCGGUCGACGACAGGGAAGGAAGAGAGCGGAGAGAAAGGGAACGAACGAACGAACGCACGCACGAACGCACGCACGCACGAGACGCGCACCGGUGUUGCACCCGCCUACGUCGCUCCUCGCCCAAUUCUUGUUGCUCGCGUGGCGACUUCGUGAGCUAAGCCGAUAACGAAAAAAAGAUGCAUGCAGGGCAAACCGGCCGGCAUCAAAUUGCUCGGAUAUGAGUCGAACUCUGUAGAAUCUGCUUAGGUUGCGUUCGGAAAUCCACACUACUAGCAUACUAGCCGUUCGAAAAUACUCAAUGUAAUUCGCAUCGUUCGGAAAUCCUCCGAGAGAAACACCGUACGCCACCAAAUCACCCGACGAAAAAGCAGUCGAUGUGAGUCGGAGGCUGAUCGUCAUGUCGCAUCACAUCGUCACUGUCUGUGUGGUGUGCGUGCUGUGCGCUGCGCACAUUCCUUGUUCGGCGCAUACGGACGUCUCGGUAGUGCACACGAUGAUGGACAAUUCGACUGGUUCCAGGAGCCCUUCGAAUCUCGACACACAGGGCCAACUGUUGUGGACGUUGGAGAGACGCAAGGCGGAGACGGCAUAUUCCAACAAGCGGGAUAGAUCGAAUAAUAUCAGUAGCAGUAAUAAGCGCAACGCCGUACGAUACAACGACACGCAACUCGUUAUUAGCGAUAAUCAUAAUGAUAGUGACCUUCGAGCAAACGUCGAUGCAAUAGUGAGCGAUAACGAUACCUACGUUAGGAAGAAGAUAGCGAAGAAUUUUAAAGGCGGUGGGAGAACGCGGGACACUAGAAUGCAGCAGCAGUCAUGGACAACUGAGAACGACUCGAGGGAUACGGAGCUCUUGAAGAGGCUCGCGCAGACCGAAUUAAAUUACAAGUUUCAACGAUUCAACGAAGACUCUCGUGCCAUUAAUAGCUCGAGACUGAAAAGAGAUGUAGCUGUAGACGAGAGGUACUUCAUGAAAAAGAUUUUUGAGGCUUACGGGGAUGGAAAGAGCAUAACUAUGGGCGGUUUUGAAACACUCGUUCGCAAACUGGGUCUAUUAAGAUUACUGAACGACGAGUCUAUAUUGGAAGAUGAUGGUGUCGAUAGAAGUAUACGUAAGAAUCAAUUAGAUAGUGAUAAGGAUUUUCGAAAUAAAGGCCUACAAGAUGCGGAUAAAAGUGGCAAAGAAAGGUGUUUAAAUAUCCAAGAGUUGUUGCGAAUUGUCGCUCAGGACUCUACUAUCAGUGAUAACAUCACAAUAUUGCCCGGCUGGCUUUUCGAGCGUGUGUGUCCAGCUCUCGUGCAUCAAUUGGCGGCCGAAUCCAGCUCGGAGAGAAACGGCUGCAUACGAGUGUUUCAAAAUUACAAGUCCGAUAAUCAUGAACAGGUGACGGUCGAUAAAUUUUACACCACAGAGGACUCAACGCGCAAUACCAUGCAAGUCUGGCUCUAUUCUACAAUUAGUAUUGUCAUAAUUAGUCUUAGCGGGCUCCUCGGCGUAGCGGUAAUUCCAAUUAUGGGAAAGACCUAUUACAAUCAUGUGCUACAGUUUCUAGUCGCCCUGGCCGUAGGUACUUUAACCGGUGAUGCCUUUAUCCAUCUGUUGCCACAUGCGAUGAUGUCGCCUCAUCAUCACGAACACGAUGAGCAUCAUGAGCACGAAGACGAGCACCAUCAUAGGAGCAACUCGCUAUUAAUCGAUUAUGAGGCGCAGCAUAACGUGAACAUGUGGAAAGGACUAGUCGCGAUGAUGGGUUUUGUGCUGUUCUUCUUCACCGAGAAAGCAUUAACAAUGUUGGCCGAGUGGCGAAAACAUCGGCAACGUCGUAACAAGCUGCCUACACGAGUGCGAGUAAUGAGGGAAAGCGAUGGUCCAAACAGCAACGUUGUCGGCGAGAAGCUAUGCAAACACAAAUAUUCGUCGUAUCCGUACUGCUAUGGCGAGAUCGCCAAUGAGACUCAAGAUAACCACCAUAAUCGUCAAAUUAAUCAUCACGAGAGGCCUCCUAUUAUCGAGGAGGAGAAACCAUUGACGUCCAACUGUAAUUCCGCCACUAAAAUCGUAACCAGCGAUACAGAGAAGAAGCCAAAAGAGGAUUGGAGAUUGGACGACUCAAUUGUAAAUAAUUCUAAGAAGAAUGCGGACGGCGCCGAUGUAUCGCUAAACGAAUCGGAAAGCUACACAGUCAUCAUACGCGAGCAUGAAACCAAGCAUCACGGACACAGUCACUCGCAUGGACAUGUACAUUCUGCGCCGGAAUCCAUGUCUAGCGUGGCUUGGAUGGUAGUAAUGGGAGACGGUUUACAUAAUUUCACGGACGGAAUGGCGAUCGGUGCUGCUUUCUCAGCUAACAUCGCGGGUGGAUUUUCAACCGCUAUCGCAGUCUUUUGUCACGAGUUGCCUCAUGAGCUUGGCGAUUUUGCGGUGCUGCUAAAAGCGGGAAUGAGUGCCAAACAGGCAGUUUUUUAUAACUUGUUGUCCUCGGUGCUCUGUUUUUUUGGCAUGAUAGCCGGGGUCCUGUUGGGAAGUGCUCCUGCUGCGACUAGUUGGGUAUUUGCGGCUGCUGCUGGAAUAUUUAUAUACAUAGCAUUGGUGGAUAUGAUACCAGAGUUAUCAUCAAGUCAUUCCGCGGAACAUGGCUCACGAUGGCAAAGUAUCUUGCAGGGUUUAGGAUUGAUAACAGGCCUUGGAAUUAUGUUACUUAUCGCACUCUACGAGCACGACCUUAAGCACAUUUUCAGUGAAUAGUACUUU